GGUCUGGCCACAGCCGAAUAAUAUGCAGCAGACAAGUGAAGUUUUGGAAGUUUCUGGAAAAGUGGCGUGGAAAAUAGCACAAAUUGGAUAUUGGGCAUGGCAAGAUCGAUGUGACAUCAUUGAAAAAAGCAUCACAAGACACCGCAGAUGGAUCGAAGCAGAGGCGGUGGGCCAGUAUCACACACCUGCAUACAAAUCAGUCGUGGAGCGCAUCUCAGUCAAAGUUGCUCAAGGAUGCACUGAUGCGUAUCCUGAUGAAAAUAUGGACGAGAGCUACUCGAUUACAGUGUCAGCUCCCGAAGUUGUGAUCAGUAGUGCGCAAGUGUGGGGUGCACUAAGGGCUAUAGAGACUAUGAGUCAGUUGAUUUAUCCAGAUCCCCAGCAUGUCAGGUUGCUUGUAAACAGGGGGUCUGUAGUGGAUAAGCCAAAGUAUUCGUACAGAGGAUUCAUGAUAGACACUUCGAGACACUACAUUCCAAUGCAGAUCAUUAUGAAACAGUUAGAUGCGAUGGAGGCUGUGAAAUUGAAUGUUCUUCACUGGCAUUUGACAGAUGAUCACAGUUUCCCUUAUGUUAGUGAGGUAUAUCCAGAACUAUCAAGAAAAGGUGCUUAUAACCAACAUACACAUGUAUAUACAGCGAAGGAUAUCAAUGAAGUGAUACAAGAAGCUAGGCUACGAGGUAUCCGAGUGAUUCCAGAACUGGACAUACCUGCCCAUACGAGGUCAUGGAGCAAAGGACACCCAGAGAUGUUCAAUCAAUGCUCUAGGAAAAAGUUCAACGAAGGCAAGGGACCCUUGUUGGAUAUUGAAAACAGCCAAACGUUCAAAGUCUUGGAGAAGCUCAUCGGUGAAAUCAGCAAUGUAUUCAGAGAUAAGAAUUUCCAUUUAGGAGGAGACGAGUUUUACCAUGACUGUAUUCCUGGAAGCACACCAAGUAUUGUUAAUUUCUUUCAAGAGCUGCGGAGUAUUAUUGGUCGAGUAUCAGGCUCAACAACUAUUCGAGCUAUGUUUUGGCAAGACCUGCUAAAAAUGGGAGCUACAGUGCCUCAAAACUCAAUAGUCAACGUCUGGAAACACUGGGUUAAUGACGAAAAUUAUCUUAAACAAGCUAUUUCGACAAGUAACAUCAGUAUAAUCGUAUCGCAUCCUUGGUACCUUGAUAAUAUGUCAAGGGGUGAAAAGUGGCGACUCAAUUAUGACGUGGAAAUGUUCAAACAGCUUGGUGAUUCGAAAGUCCGAAGUCGCGUUAUAGGCGGACAGGCGUGUCUUUGGGCAGAAUUUGUAGAUGCUACGAAUUUUUUGCAGUGGGCGUGGCCUGACGCGGGCGGUACCGCCGAGAAUCUUUGGUCCGAUAAGGUACCCAGCUCCAAAUCAGGAGACGUUCAAGAGAGAAUGAAUGAGCUCCGUUGUAGAUUGAUUGUAAGAGGCAUACCGGCUAGACCAAUUCAGGCAGGAUUCUGUGACACGGAAUGGGCUUACUAAAUUCGUCUACUUUAAUUUUUUUUACUGUUUGUCAAAGUAUUUCUAUGAUUUCCAUGUUGUCUGAUUGGUGACUUUAUAUUAGUUAAAAUGGAUUUUAUUUCUUGA